AUGAUUGGUGAAAAGAGCCGCAAAAAUGCGAAGGGAAUGGAAGACGGGCUGAAUGAUGGUAGCGUUGGCAAAAAUGUGCCAUUGCCAGUAUGCGAGGAUUUCUAUGGAAAGGAGGAUUGUUUGAAGAAGGAAACCAUCGCGAUUUGCGGAACGAAUGACUGGAACCAAAUGAGAAGUUCGCUCAUCACUCUGACCAACAAGGAGAGAAUAUGCGCGCCACCACCGGAAAUUUAG